AUGUCACAAGAAGAUAUUAACGAAAACGUGAAUGCUGAAGCAGCUAACUUAGCUUCUUCAGCUUCUCAAUCAAUUGCAUCUCAAAAAGAAUCUCCAGAAGACAUGGAUUUAAAAAAUGAAAACUAUGCUGACACUCCACAUGAAGUUGGUCCAUUGUCUCAAUAUUUGGGUGUGUUAUCCCUAUGUUUAAUGAUUGCCUUCGGUGGUUUCAUUUUCGGUUGGGAUACUGGUACCAUUUCUGGUUUCGUCUCUCAAGACGAUUUCUUAAGAAGAUUCGGCUCCAAACAUCACGAUGGUACUUAUUAUUUUUCAAAGGUUAGAACUGGUUUAGUUGUCGGUAUUUUCAAUGUUGGUUGUGCUAUCGGUGGUUUAACUUUAGGUAGAACUGGUGAUAUGUACGGUAGAAAACCAGGUUUGAUGAUUGUCGUUGUUGUUUACACCAUCGGUAUCAUUAUCAGUAUUGCUUCUAUUAACAAAUGGUACCAAUACUUCAUCGGUAGAAUUAUCUCCGGUUUAGGUGUUGGUGGUAUUGCUGUCUUAUCCCCAACUUUAAUUGCCGAAACUGCUCCAGCUCAUUUAAGAGGUACUGCCGUCGCUUUCUAUCAAUUAAUGAUUACUUUAGGUAUUUUCUUAGGUUACUGUACUAACUACGGUACCCAUCAUCAUUACAAAGAUUCUACUCAAUGGAGAGUCCCAUUAGGUUUAUCUUUCGCUUGGGCUCUAUUCAUGAUCGGUGGUAUGUUAUUUGUUCCAGAAUCCGCUAGAUACUUAGUUCAACAAGGUAGAUUAGAAGAAGCUAAAGUUUCUCUAUCCAAGACUAACAAAGCUCCAAUCGACUCUCCAAUCGUUGUUACUGAAUUUGAUGAAAUUUCUGCCGGUGUUGAAGCUGAAAGAGCUGCUGGUUCUGCCACUUGGGGUGAACUUUUCUCUAGAAACGGUGCUGUCUUACAAAGAGUUAUCAUGGGUAUUAUGUUACAAUCUUUACAACAAUUGACUGGUAACAAUUAUUUCUUCUACUACGGUACUACUAUUUUCAACUCUGUUGGUUUAAAUGAUGGUUUCGAAGCUGCUAUUGUUAUUGGUAUUGUUAAUUUUGCCUCUACUUCUUUUAGUUUAUGGACCGUCAACCAUUUCGGUCGUCGUACAUGUCUAUUAGUUGGUGCUUUCACUAUGGCUUGUUGUUUCUUAAUUUACGCUUCUGUUGGUGUCACUAGAUUAUAUUUGGAUGGUUACGAUGGUCCAACUUCUAAAGGUGCCGGUAAUUGUUUAAUUGUUUUCACCAUGUUCUUCAUUUUCUGUUUCGCUAACAGUUGGGCUCCGUUAGCUUACGUUAUUGUUUCCGAAACUUUCCCAUUGAGAAUCAGAGGUAGAGCUAUGGGUCUAUCCAUUGGUGCCAAUUGGAUUUGGGGUUUCUUAAUUUCCUUCUUCACUCCAUUCAUUACCGGUGCUAUUCAUUUCGCUUACGGUUAUGUUUUCUUCGGUUGUUUAUUAUUUGCUUUCUUCUACGUUUUCUUCUUCGUCUGUGAAACCAGUGGUUUAACUUUAGAAGAGGUCGAUGAAAUGUACAUUGAAGGUACUUUACCAUGGAAAUCUACUUCUUGGGUCCCACCAAGUCAAAGAGGUGCUGACUACGAUGUCGAUGCCGCUGGUCAUGAUGACAGACCAUGGUACAAGAGAUUCUUAUAA